AUGAAAGAACCAGUAAUACCAUGGCGCUCUUCAAUUAAUGAGGAAAAUGAGUUCCUGCGUGUCCAGGCUAUUCAAAAUCAGGCUGAAAUGGAAGCACUCCAAAAAAAGUUAGAGUUCUGCCUCAAGGAAAAAGAGAAAUUGGAAAGCAAUGUGAGAGAAUUGGUUCAAAAACUUCAAGAAGAGACAUCUUCUAGAGAGAUGAAUGAAGAAAAACAGCAUAUUGGGCUUUCCACUUUGCCAACUAAUCUGCCCAUCAUUGAUUUUAAUGACCAAAUGGAGCUGAAAACAAUGGUUGAUGCCAUUGCUACUGCAAGUCAAAGGGAAGCGGAGGCUCAUCAGACAGCAAUUAUGUUGUCCAAACAGAAUAACGAGCAACGGUUGAGGCUUGAGAUCCUUAAUGAAGAGAAAAUUGAACUGAAUAAAUUGAAUGAUGAGCUAAGAUUGAAGCUCAAGGUCUUAAUUGAGGAAAAGAGCAAACUCAUUGAAUUGUACGAACGUGCAGCUGCAGAAAGUAACUCUAACACUCAGAAUACAGUUGAGCUUGCUCAAGGUGGCAUGGAAGAAGAGAAUAGUGGUUAUCUAGAUGAACUUGCUCAAGAAAAAGAGGUUGAGAUGAAAAAAGUGAUUGAGAAUCUAGAGCAUCAACUUAUGGAAAUGCAUGAAGAAAAUGAAAAAUUAUUGGGUAUGUAUGAAAAGGCCAUGCAAGAGAGAGAUGAACUCAGAAGAACAAUUUCUCUUAGUGGACAAAACAGUGCUGAAGUUAAAGGAGAGUUUGAUUGCCCAGAAAAGCUUGUUGAAGUUGACGGAGGGGAGCAUAUUGCAUCAGAUGGACUUGGUCUCCCUGUUUCGAAGGGGCAGGAUAGUGGGGAAAAUCCAACUAUGUCUGGACAAGUGAUUUCCUUAGUGGGUAUGCAUGAUGUGGAAGUGACCUUCGCUGACAUGGAAAUAGAGCCAAUGAAAUUUCCUAAGGAGGUCUCAGAAGAUAUAAAUUUGGUCAGAGAGAAGCUGGGAAAAGCACAAGAAAAGCUUUCGGAUUCUGCCAAUACAGUUACGCUAUUUGGUUCAGUUGAGAAGGCAUUUGCUGAGGUUGAUAAACUUUCAAGAGAAAUUAAAGCGAUGGAAGAGAGUGUCGAGGUCAAGCAACAACAUCUUGGUUCCCUCAAACUUGUUUUCAAUGAAAUGCAAGAAAGAAAAGCUCUUCUGGAUAAAAAGUUGUUGGCAUUGAAGUACUCUCUAUCAAACUUUUCUUCAUCAGUUGCAUACUUCGAACAAAGAGAAGCUCGAUCAAGGGCAAGAGUAACUGCUUCGUUGACUUACCUGAAUCAGAAAAAAGAGGAAGCAGGGCAUCUUCAAGCCUGUAAGAGUGAAAUUGAGGCUGCUAUUAAAAGGGUUCAACGAUCAGAAGUUGAACUGAGGAGCAAUCUUGCGCUAGUGAAAUCAAAACUUGAGGAAGAGAACAAAAGGCAGGAAAAUGAAAAGGUUCUAUUUGCCAUAGAUAACAUUGAGAAAAUUGACCAUUCACAGAAAAAUUGGCAUUUGGGGGGUAAAGCUACUGAGUUGCUGAAGUCGGAGGAAGAAAAAACCAAGUUGCAAAAUGAGAUGAAGUUGUCUCGAGAAAGACUCGGGGUCGUGAAGAGGGAAUUUGAGGAUUUGACAAAGAAAUCCUGGAAGAUAGAGAGUGACUUGCAAACUGUUCAAAUGGAAGUACAAAAAAGUUCAAGAUCUACAGAGGAAAUGGAGCUUGCACUUCAGGCUGUAACCCAAGAGAAGGAAACUCUGUUAGAGAUUAGAGAGAAAGGAAAAUCAGAAAUUGAAAGCAUGAUUCUUGAAUAUCAACAACAGGUGUUUGAGGCUGAUUUGAAGGAAGCCGAGAUGAAGGUUUUGGAGGAAGAAUUAAAUUCACAAUUGAGAAGACUAGAGGAGUUGCAAAAGGUGAGGGCUGCAGCUGCCGAGAAAAAUUCCAAAAUAUUUGAUCAAACGAAGUCUCAUUCAUGCUUGAUAUCAGGAAAGGUGGAAGAAGAGCUGAAAAGUGCAUGGGGAUAUAUCCAGGAGGCAAGGAUUUUGUUGGGGCAAGAACAAUUAAUUGACAGUUAAGCGUUUUGCUUAUGUACUGUUGAAUUUACAUAAUUCCACACAAUCCAUUUUUCAUGUAGUUGAUCUUUCUGAUCAAUGAUGUGAUUCCUGUGUCAGCCAAUGUGUAGUUUCUGUUGUUUAAUACUAAUUUUCUCUCAUUUAUUUUCA